AUGGCGGAUCAAGCAAUUCAAGCUGCCAAAGCCGUCAGCGCCCCCGACGGAACAGGCGUCCUUCAACUCGAUCCAUGGCUAAAAGAUCAUGCCGAUGUCCUGAAGCAUCGCUUUAGUGUCGUCGAGAAAUGGGCCGGUGACAUUGCCAGAAGUGAAGGCGGCCUGGAGAAGUUUAGCAAGGGUUAUGAAACAUUCGGCCUCAACGCACAGCCAAAUGGCGAUAUCCUCUACAGAGAAUGGGCCCCCAAUGCCAAGGAGGCCUCGCUGGUUGGCGACUUCAACAACUGGGACGUCAAUGCCAACCCCAUGACCAAGAACAACUUCGGUAUUUGGGAGGUCACCGUGCCAUCCAAAGCCGGGGCCCCUGCCAUCCCCCACCAGAGCAAGAUCAAAAUCACACUGGUCCUCCCCCACGGAGAACGCGUCUACCGAGUCCCAGCAUGGAUCAAGCGCGUCGUGCAAGAUCUCAAUGUCUCCCCAAUCUACGACGCCGUCUUCUGGAACCCGCCCGCCAACGAACGCUACAGCUUCCAACACCCCCGUCCCAAGAAGCCCGAGAGCCUGCGUAUCUACGAGGCUCACGGUCUCGGCUAUAAUGCCAUUCAGCUGAUGGCAAUCAUGGAGCAUGCCUAUUAUGCCAGCUUCGGCUACCAAGUAAACAACUUUUUCGCGGCGAGCAGUCGCUACGGAUCCCCCGAGGAUCUCAAGGAGUUGAUUGACACAGCACACAGUCUGGGCCUCGUGGUCCUGCUCGAUGUGGUACACAGUCAUGCUUCCAAGAAUGUCGACGAUGGAAUCAACAUGUUUGAUGGCUCGGAUCAUCUUUAUUUCCACGAGGGUAGCAAGGGCCGCCAUGACCAAUGGGAUAGUCGGUUGUUUAACUAUGGACAUCAUGAGGUGCUGCGCUUCCUACUGAGUAACCUUCGUUUCUGGAUGGAGGAGUACCAGUUCGAUGGAUUCCGCUUCGACGGUGUUACUAGCAUGCUCUACACUCACCACGGAAUUGGAACUGGCUUCUCUGGCGGGUACCACGAAUACUACGGCCCAGCCGUCGACGAGGAAGGUAUCACAUACCUCACUCUUGCCAACGAGAUGCUGCACCAGCUCUACCCCGAGUGCAUCACUGUCGCCGAGGAUGUCUCCGGCAUGCCUGCCCUCUGUCUACCCCACGCGCUUGGCGGUGUCGGUUUCGACUACCGACUAGGCAUGGCCAUCCCAGACAUGUACAUCAAGCUUCUGAAAGAGAAAGAAGACGGCGAGUGGGACAUUGGCAAUCUCGCCCACACUCUGACGAACCGUCGACACGGCGAGAAGACAAUCGCCUAUGCGGAAAGUCACGAUCAAGCCCUGGUCGGCGACAAGUCUCUAAUGAUGUGGCUCUGCGACAAGGAAAUGUACACCCACAUGUCUGUACUAACAGAGUUCACCCCAAUCAUCGAGCGCGGCAUGGCCCUCCACAAAAUGAUCCGACUCGUAACCCACGGCCUCGGCGGCGAGGGCUACCUAAACUUCGAAGGCAACGAAUUCGGACAUCCAGAAUGGCUCGACUUCCCACGCGAAGGAAACGGCAAUUCCUUCUGGUACGCCCGUCGCCAACUAAACCUCACAACAGACGACCUCCUACGCUACCGAUUCCUCAACGACUUCGACAGCGCGAUGCAGCACACCGAAGCCAAAUACGGCUGGCUGCAUUCCUCGCAGGCGUACAUCAGUCUGAAGAAUGAGAAUGACAAGGUCCUCGUCUUUGAACGCGCGGGCCUGUUGUGGAUCUUCAAUUUCCACCCUACGGAGAGCUUCACGGAUUAUCGCGUCGGUGUUGAUGUCGCGGGCACGUAUCGCAUUGUUCUUGAUUCCGAUGAUGCCGCUUUUGGAGGAUUGGGUAGGAAUGUCAAGGAGACUCGCUUCUUUACCACUGAUUUGCCUUGGAAUGGGCGUAAUAAUUUUGUUCAGGUUUAUAUUCCUACGCGGACUGCUUUGGUUCUCGCAUUGGAACAUACACUCUAA